AGCAAAUUGGAGUACACGGUCCUUCAGGGCUGGGUGAGUGGACGGCCGCGCUUUUCCGACGUGAGGUUCAACUGUAGCGUGCUCUAGCGGUGCAGGUUACUACAAUAUCAGCAACAAAAAUUGUGUUUUUUGGUACACCUUUUCAGAUCUGUAGAUCUAGCCCAAAGGAGGAUUUCAAAAGUUUGGCAUCCUGUUCCCCGUGUCCUGCACCCUCUUGCACAAUUGCCCGUCCCGAGAUGGCAGAGACUCAUGGGAAGUUCGACUUUGCCAUUGACCGUGGAGGCACAUUCACAGAUGUAUUUGCUCACUUGCCAGACGGAAGGGAGAGGGUCCUCAAACUACUGUCUCACGACCCGCAGAACUACAAAGAUGCCCCCACCGAAGGCAUCCGCCGAGUCCUGGAACAGGCGACAGGGCGGGAUUUUCCCAGAGACCAGCCUGUCGAUACCUCCUUGAUUGGUUGGAUCAGGAUGGGAACUACCGUGGCGACCAAUGCGCUGCUGGAAAGGCAGGGGGAGAGGACGGCUCUGCUGGUGACGCGGGGGUUCCGGGAUCUUCUGCACAUCGGCACACAGGCUCGGCCAGGACUGUUUGAUCUGGAGAUAUCUAUGCCGGAAGUGCUGUAUGAAGAGGUAAUUGAGGUGGACGAGCGUGUUGUCCUGAAGCGAGAUGGCUGCCAGCUGCCCAGGAAGGAGUCGAAACGUACUGUCACUGGCAGCACAGGGGACAGUCUGGAGGUGUGGCGUGAGCUGGACACGCAGCAGGUGGAAAAGGACCUGAAGGGGGUUUUGGCCCGUGGCAUCACCAGCCUGGCUGUGCUGCUGCUGCACUCAUACACGUACGUACGUGGAGCCAGAGAUGAGACUGAGCUCUCAUAAUCACAUUUCAGCAUC